AUGAAUCGCUCUCGUUUGGCUCUUACGGCUGAUGAGAAAGGUAAAAGCAUCUGUUAUGAUAAUACGGAUGAAGCCAUUCAACUUUCGGAUGAAGAAGACGCUCCUACCAUUCGGGACUUUAGGCUAUCUUUGAUUGGCAAGAUCCUCAAUCCUAGGAAACAAAUUGUGGAAAAGUUGAUCCAAUCUAUGCCGGCGACAUGGGGAAUGCAAGAUAAGAUCACAGCUAAUGAUCUUGGAAGUGGGAAGUUCCUGUUGAACUUUCAAAAUGAAACGGAUCUUAAGUCCGUUCUAAGCCAAGGUCCGUUCCAUUAUAACUUUUGCAUGUUUGUGCUAGUUCGUUGGGAACCGGUGGUGCACGACGACUACCCGUGGGUGAUCCCAUUCUGGGUGGAGAUAACAGGCAUUCCGCUACAUCUAUGGACAAUCAAGAACCUUAGAAACAUUGGUAGCAGGCUGGGGCAUAUUGACACGGUUGAUUUAUCGGCAGGUCGUAUGCUUAUUGAUGUCGACACUAGGAAGCCACUUACUUUCUCCAGGAAGAUCGCGUCUAAGGAUGGUGAUGAGGUCACGAUUAAAAUCAACUAUGACAAGCUCUUCAAGCACUGUAGAACUUGUGGAAUGCUCACCCAUGAACAGGCGCACUGUUUGCAAAAGCCUGUGACGCAGGAACAUAGUGAAAGGCAAGGUGUAUUCGCAAGGGUUCAGCUUCCAUGGAAUGAUGAGGAUAACAAGGAGCGGUUUAAUGGGUACAACCAGGUUAAACACGAGAAGGCCAAUCCUGAAGCUUACUACCUGCGAAACAGAGCAAGCACGGAGGAUAAGCGAGUUGAUGGUGGAUUUAUGACGGACGCUAGGAUGUCGUACGGAAGACAUGUAGGAUACAAUGAUCGAUAUGACUGGAACAAAGGUGGAAAGGAGAGGAAGAAGCACAAGUUUGGAAAGCAAAAGAAAAAACAGAGGAGAGAUAUGGGAAGUAACAAACGAAGAGAUGAGUCGUAUGCUCAUCGAUUCAAGUCUGCUGGAGGGGCUUCCCAAUUAGGUGAAACGUACCGUGACGAUGGUAGGCGUGAUUAUGAUAUACGUGCUGGAAGAAGUGAGGCAACAGUAAACCCUCGUUCAGUUACUCAACAAGACAAGGAGUCCACUGGAGAAGAUGUAACAAUGGCGAGUGUUCCACAUCAGAGUAGUGGGAAGAGGAUAGCUAGCCAAGUGGUAACGCCUAUUCGUCAUGAUCAGGAGCACGAUGCACAUGUUACAAAACGUCGUCAUAUAUCACCUCGAUUGUUAACUUUCUCUCCUAAGGAGAAAGUAUCUCUUGAGAACGAGCAAAUCAUUGGUGCUCUAAGUGAUAUGGAGAUCAUUGACCAAGAACAUAUGGAGGAGGGCACGAAUGACACAAAGAUGGAUGUGGACGUCGAUGAUGAUGACCUGCUAGGACAAGAGUUAAGGGAGGUUGAGGCUUCUAUGGCUAAAGGAAAUAAAGGGGAGACGGCAAGGGAGGAGAAGUUAACAAGAAGGCCGCGAGCUUCAUCAUCGAGCAGAAAUGGGAAGAGCCGCAAAUACCCGUUGGGCAUGCCUAUCAAGAAAGCUGAGUUCCUUCGUCGGGGAUCUCCGAAGCCUCAUAAAUUGGGAGCAAAGGCUACAUCAAUUCCAGAUAAUCAACGAUCAGAGGGGAAAAAAGAUUCGAGUAUCAUUAUCAGUUCAAGAAAUGGCUUGGAGGGGUCCAAAAACUCUUCCCGACGUUAUCCAUGA